AUGGAGCUUUGUUGGUUUGCAAUCUGUACCGUACUGGCGUUCAUACCAUGGAUAUCAGCGGAAGAAAAGCUGUUGUAUCAAACACCAAAUGGGAAUCGUUGGGGAGGUUGGGAAGCUACCACUAAUGGAUUGUCUUCUUUGAAUGUAAUUAAACUAGAUUUGAUGUUCUUUUUACUCAGUAACCAGAUUUUAAGCAAACCAUUUGUCAAAGAGUUGCUUUCUUAUGGUGUCCGGGGUGCAUCAUAGUUGAUCCUCCCUCACUCUCAAAGGACACAUUCGUGAGACGGGCACAUUUCUCAAAGUUCAACAUAUAUUUUCUGCUCGUAUAUCCGUGUUAUUAUACACUCAUUUUUUUUUUUUAAAUUGUACUUCUAAUCCACAUGUGCUGGGCACCAUACUGUGCAGUUGUUGUUCUUUAGUUAGGGGUUGACUUCUCGUAACUUAGUAUUACAGUAUAUUUUUUUAUUUUCAUCCGCUGACUAACAAGUUUGUCUCUUUCUUUGUCUAUUUUUAGUGGAAUUACCUUUUAGUGUCCAAUCAUUUUACGGUGUGUAGUUCGUUUCUCCAAGAACAGAAAAAUUGGUUACGAAGUCCAGUUAUUGAUGUUCACAGCAUUGAUAGAGUGAGCGUUUCCGUCAGAUACACAAUAACUUCCUUUUGUUCCAGUCAACCAUCCAACAGGUUUUGUACUGACAAUAUUGGAGUCUAUGUAUGGGAAUCCGAUGUAAAGGUCAAAUCUGAUUUAAUACCGGACCCCGUGACCAGCAACAGGUCUUACAGAGAAUUUGCUACUAUCCGCGGUCAGGCUAGCGACCAAACCAUCUCUUUAGCACUUCAGCUAACAAGGAGAUAUAUUGUUCUUGGAUUUCUCGAUCAAGGUGGCUGCAAAAUUUUGUCUUCCGUCAGGAUUACCUAUAAUAUUUGUCCCGAAACAACACUCCGCGACAGUUUGGUCAAAUUGCGGGAAACAGUAGCCCCAUCAAGUGUCUUUGAGUCCAUCCUAGUGGAAGGAACAUGUGCUGAAAACUCUUUCCAUAUUCGGGGAAGUUUGAAUGUUACGUGUGAAAGCAUUGGUCAGGGGAAUGUCAGUCAGUUUGAAGGGAAAUGCGUCUGCAAGGAAGACAUGGAAAAUAUUGGAGGGACAUGUACAGGUAUGUUUAGAAAUCAAUACGAUCAUUAA